UUAGUAUUCACUCUUCUACUCUUGAGUCUCAGCUCUGCCUCCUCAUACCCUCUCUGUCUCUCUACAUUUUUCUGAGUUUGAGCUUUGAAACGACACCCAUGGCCUUCUCAAGAGCUCUGUUUUCAUCUUUGGUGCUCGUUUUUCUUCUCUUCAGCUUCUCAGAUGCUAGAGACCACCUGGUUGGAGGCAAGAGCGAUGGAUGGAAGAUCCCAAACUCUGAUUCUGAGUCUCUGAACCAAUGGGCCGAAGCAUCUCGUUUCCAAAUCGGCGAUUCGCUUGUUUGGAACUUAGAUCCUAAGAAGGAUUCUGUGCUGCAAGUGAUUAAGGAAGACUAUGUGACCUGCAAUACAACAAGCCCAAUUGCUGAGUACAAGGAAGAGAACACAAAGGUGAAGCUUGAUCGAUCUGGGCCUUACUAUUUCAUUAGCGGAGCAAAGGGACACUGUGAGAAGGGCCAGAAGAUGAUAGUGGUUGUGAUGUCUGCUAGACGUGGCUACAUGGGUAUCUCUCCUGCUCCAUCUCCAAUGCAAAAUGAAGGCCCUGCUAUUGCUCCAACGAGCAGUGCUUCUGGUUUGAAGGCUGGUAUGAUGAUGAUGGUGAUACUGGGAAGUUUGUUUGGGAUGGUUUUGUUCUGAGGAGUGAAGUGGAGAUGA